UCGCACAGUGACAUGGCGAUCUGAUGUACGGAAAGCAGAAAGUAGGGUUCUACUUCCCGACUCAGUGUAAAUAACGCUGAAUAUGUCUGUAGUUUGCCAUCCUUGAAAAGAACAACGGUCGGAUUCCUAUGGCCAUUAUGUUCCCGUGAGCUCCAGUGAGCGUACAUGCUGUGGUUUUUGGUAGCAGAGUUUGGGAUUCGAUCCCGGGUGGCUGGACUCGAGUUGCCCGUGUUCUGAACGAGGUGUUUCAGCCUCCGCCACCGGGGAGGAAACCGUAGCAGCACACAUGCUGGAAAGGGAUCAUCUGAUUGAGAAGGAACUUGCUCCACACAUGAGGAGGCACCUAAAAGACCAAGCACAGUAUCAGAAACGCAGAGCCUAUGGAUCCCACUGACUCUGGACAAGGGCAAGAGAAGCCAUCAGAGGAUGGUGUGGAAUUAACACUAAGCUCAAAAGGACGGCAACGGAAGAAAAAUUCCAAAUAUCUUGAUUAUGAAAUUGAUGACAAAGCUAUUGAACCCCAUUCCCCCCAAACAGCCAGAAAGAGCCCAGGAGGAAGAAGGGCAGCUUCUCAAAAGCCUUGGGCAAAGAGUAAAACUGCUAAGACUGCCACACAGGACACUGUGGAUGGAGAAAAUGAAGGAACAGACAAAACACCUACAGAGUGUGAGGGCCAAACCACAGCAGAAACCGCUAAGGAACCAGUGAGAGGCAAGAAAGCAGCAUCAAAAAGGACUCCUGCUAAGAAAACUCCUGCCAGGAAAACUAGCAACACUAAUGUGGACUUCCCAGAUGGAGAGGGUGUGGUUAAAGAUACGGUGCAGCAGGAGAAUGGGACGCCAAAGCCGAAGAGGAAGUAUGUAAAGAGGCAACCUGUACAGCAGGUGGAGCCAGUUAAAGAGAAGGAACCAGAGGAACCCGAUGAGGAGCCCGGGCAAGGUGGCCGGCGGCGGAGAGGAGCUGCCAAAGCGGCAUUGAAGUACCUCCACAAUUUGGCACAAGAGGUGUUUGGUCACCAGGCUGAUGAUCCAGGAGAUGAAGACGCUGGUUCAGAACAGAAAGCCAAAGCAAGCAAAGUGGGUAAAGGCAGAAAGAGGAAACGUUUUGACAGUGACGCAGCAGAAGAUGAAGACUUUGUGCCAGAUCAUGAGGAACAGGAGGAUGCAGAUGAGAUGGAAGAUGAUGAGGAAGAAGCAGCAGACGACUCAGACCUGGACUCUGAUUUUGUCAAACAUAGAAGAAACCCACCGAUUUAUUACGUCAGCAAUAACAAUACAUGCUCGUACGCCAAAGCCCAAAAUGGACUUAACGCUAAUAUCAUGAAAACUGCUUUGGAGAGUGCAGAGACCACUAAGAAAUUUCGGGAAGAGCACUACAGCAGCUGGGUGUUUCCAGAGUGGGUCCCCUCCACCAAUGAUUGGGUUCCUGUGCCACAAAGUGAUCUGGAGAAAUAUCUGCCUCGUACGCUUCACUCAGCUGCUUUCAAAGUGUCCAGAGAAGGCCUCAAGAAGGAGGAAAUACCUCUGCAAAGACUCAAAAGGUUCGAGUCCAUGCCUCCUCACCCAGAACGCUGGGACAUGAUGCUGUACGCGGGGGGACCGGUCUGGGCUCUGGAGUGGUGUCCAACGCCCGAUGGUGCUCUUGCCACCCAGUACAUGGCUCUGUCCUGUCAUCAGCAGAUGGAUGACUUUCACUAUGUCGACAAAACCUACACAGGAACUGGACUCGUUCAGCUGUGGGAUGUGGGCAAACUGGAGUACAGCAGCAGACCAGAGUCCAAGCCAGUCAUGGUUUACAGUUUGGCCCAGGAUAAGGGCUUUAUCUGGCAUCUGAAGUGGUGUCCUGCUGGAGGCUGGGAACUUCCCAGCUGUGCCAGAAAAGCUCCAUUCUUGCCCAGACUCGGUCUUCUGGCAGUGGCCACGUCCACCGGGGUUGUCACCAUUUACAGCAUGCCCCACCCUGAUGCACUGCGCUCCAGCAUCACUCUAGCAAACUCUGGUAAAGACAUUGAAACACCCCAAAUAUACAAGGCUAAAGGAGUGGUAACGUUGAAGCUCGGUGCCUUCAGAGCCCCUCGCAAUGAAAUGAGUGGACUCGUCCUGUCUAUGGAUUGGGCUCCUGAAAAACCACACAAUAUAAUGGCUAUUGGAUUCUAUGAUGGUGUUGUAGGUCUUUGGGAUCUCACAACGAGUUCUGCACUGUUGCGUGUGCGAGAGCCAGACAGGUCACUGAGUCUGCUGCCCUACAGAUGCAUCCCAGCUCACAGCAAUGGAGUCCGGGCCCUGGCCUUCUGUCCUGCCUCCAGACACCUGUUGGUGACAGCAGGUGAUGACCGCUUCGUGAAGAGAUGGGACCUCAGGAGGCUCUAUGAUCCCAUCACGGUUCAGAAACGCAGUGUGGCCAAUGAAAUCCACUGGCCACUGAAUGCACCGGGGGUUAUGAUGGCCCAGGACAACGCCAUUGUGGCGAAAAGUUCACACGGAGUCCAUUACGUCGACCACCACAUGCGCUCAGUCUUUGUGAUUCCCAGGACUGGCACCGUGUGGUCUCUGUCUCACACUGAGUGGAUUAACUGUGUGGCGACCGCAGACAGCCUCGGAGAGGUGAUUUUCUCUCUGUUACCUCAGAUCAGCUGCGCCGCUCCAUACGUCAAACGCACAAUAGAGAGACGAUUUCCUAUCUACGUAACAUCUAUGGUGCCUUAUGAUGCAACUGAAGAAGGAAAUCAGAAGGUGGCAGGAGAGGAAGAAGACAUGAAUACUAAUGAAGAGCAGCAACGAAGAGAGACGGAAGAACCAGGUGCUGCACAGGAAGGAGGAAAUGAGAACGGCAACGAAGGAGGAAGAGUUAGACAACAAUGUCCUGCUCUGAGGUUCCAGCCUUACAGAGAGGCCGCACAGAAAUACUCCCUCCACUACACAGAUUAUGAUUUGCGGACCGCUGCAGGAAGCGAGAAGCGAGCUGUGUGGAAGCACAUGAAAGACACUGAACUGAAGGCCAAGCUCAGCGUGGAUGACAUGCCUUUAUCUGCUCUAUAUAAGGUGCGUUUCAACCCGAACAUGAGCUGCCACGACUGGGUUGCGUCCGGGGGCCAGACUGGACUAGUUAGGUUUAACUGUAUAAGGACUCUGACGAACACUCAUCUGAAGAAGAGGAUUGGUGAGAGCCAGGCCCAGUUCAACGCGCUGUACUCACCACAAGGCCAAAAUGAGGCUAUCGAAACGGUGACGGAGAAGCUAUAGCAGGAGUUUUACUUCACUACAGUGGAUUGUACUCACUCAAUAGACACACAAAAAACAGACCUCUGAAAAAGUAGCUGUGAAUAAUGAAAAUAUAUGAGUAUUCUGUUUUUAUUCUUAUGCAUUUGUAUAUGUGAAAGUCAGACAACAAAAAAAUAAUGAUAUGAAGCCAUGAAUGUACUUCAGGUAUAAUUGGUCCAGGUUUUGAAGCAUCUGUCUUUGAGACAUUUGCUCUUCUAAAAUGGUAAAAUCAUGGCGAGAUAUAUCCAGAACCCCUGAAUGCCACUCCGUAAAUAAUUUCAACUUUAAACUGAAAUGAUUAAAAAUACAAUGUGCAGAUCAUGAAAAGUAAACCUUUUUCAUUAGCAGUUGAGGGGCUUUUCUUUUUUCUUUGGUCAACAUUUCCCCCUGAGAGAAAACUUUCCCUCCGUAGCCCAAACCCAACCAGAAUCUGCUGAGCUUCCUAACAAAGGUGUCACACAAAAUGUUUCCAUCUGUUCCCUUUUCCCCUCAUCGAAUGAUGAUAAACAGUCCUGAUGGUGACAGUUCCUUUCUUUGCAUCAGAGAAACUGCAGCAGCUGGCAGACAAGUGCCUUCAGUCACACAGGCCUAGAGACCCUUUUAGUGACCCCCUGGUAACCACAGGUUUCUAAGUAUUCCCCAGCUGGUUGGAGAGUGGUUGCUGGCAGAUGAAAUUGGUCGCAAAGAAGAUUACAGUGCUGCACCGAAAACAUUUUGCGAUUGAUUUGCUCACUGGCGGUCACCUAUAGUUUCCCUGGAAGAUGCAAACUUGUCUGCAGAUACUUGCAAACUGCUCUCCAAGCAGUAGUGAAACUGAAAAGUGUGACACAGACCAGAAAUGGAGAACAUUCGCCUUCAAAGUAAAAGUUGCACCUUUUGAAACGUGUUGCUUGCAGCAGUAAGGCACUACUUUGAAGGUGAGUGUUCUCCAUGUGCUGAAGAGCUGAAAGAGGUUUAAAAAGUUACGUUGUUUUUUUAUAGUGAAGGUGGCUUUGUUUCCCUGCCACCAACGGAGGAGUAAAUAAUAACAAAAAAAACAAAUAAACAAUAAAGAAAUUGGUGCAUCUGUAGGGAGAUGAUUUUUGAUGAUUUGAGAUUUAGCCAGAGUGUUCAGAAACUCCAAGAAUAGGUUCAUUAGUUAAACCCACUUGCGUUUGUAUUGUUUCUACUUUAUUACAUCCUUUAUUUUUGGGAGUGUUUUUUUUUUUUUUUUCACUUGAAAAUACAUUUUUUCACUUUAUCGCACCACCUCACAACAUCGACCGCAAGCUGGGAGUGCAUCUCUGGGCUAAUUUUUUUGUAUGUUUCAUAUUAAGAAUAACUCAGGCUCUAAUAGGGAAAAUACUUGAAUUUUUUUAUACCUGUAGGAUGUAACGUUUUUACAUUUUAAAUCUUUUUUCUGUUGUUGAUCCUUUUUGUUACCCGCUGUACGUAUUCCUGCUGUUGCUUUUCUCCAGUGGUGACAGCUGCUGUUUUAUGACACACCUAAUUUAUUUUUAACCGUCUGCAAAAAAAAACCAUCGGUCUUUUUUUCCUCUGAGUUAAAUUAGGGGUUUUAAAACAUGCUUCAUUUUUUAAUUAUUUACAAAGCUUAGUCACAGUUUCACAUAUUUCAUGAUAAUGGUGCCAGGUGUGGACAUAUUUCAUUACUUGCAUUAUCUUUAACUUAUUCAUAAAAGCAUCAAAAAUGUCCUCGCCCUGC